CUCACUUUCAAACAGAACGCUGUGACGUCACUGAGCAUAAUCAAAAUAAUUCCGGCGUGGGUCCUUUGUCCUUGUGGAAAAUGUGUGAAAAUCCCUUGAAUAUUGUUCUAGAAUUUGGAGGAGGAGCUGAGAUUUUGUUCAAUAAAAUCAAAAGGAGAGAAGUGCAGCUUGAAGGAGGCAAAAAAUGGAGAAUUGGUGACUUGCUGGAGUGGAUGAAAAUCAACAUGCCAACAGAUCGUCCGGAGCUUUUUUUCACGGAGGAUUCUGUGCGUCCGGGGAUAUUGGUGCUGGUUAAUGAAACUGAUUGGGAUUUACUGGAUACAAGGAACUACGUCAUUGAGCCUAAGGAUACGAUCCUUUUUAUAUCGACACUACAUGGAGGAUGAAAAAACGGGUAGUCUCAAUGGAAA